AUGUCAACUUCAUUAUCCUUAUCGAAUUCAAUUAAUAUUGCUUUCAACUUUUUUAAACAUGCAAUAUCACAAGAAUGGAUUGUCCUCGAAGGUCUUAAAGAUCAGACCCUUGACCAGUGUUUUGCAAAUGACAUGCUCACAGACAUAGAUAUGGCAGUUGGAGUGCCUUUAGAGCCCUCGGAGAUAAGCAAAGAGCUAGCAUAUUUCAGAAAGAAGAAGCUGCCAGCAGGAAGCAAAGAGAUGUUUUUGGGUCUUAAAGAUCAGACCCUUGACCAGUGUUUUGCAAAUGACAUGCUCACAGACAUAGAUAUGGCAGUUGGAGUGCCUUUAGAGCCCUCGGAGAUAAGCAAAGAGCUAGCAUAUUUCAGAAAGAAGAAGCUGCCAGCAGGAAGCAAAGAGAUGUUUUUGGUUAUUCUAUAA